AGUCAUGACAAGCGAAAAAAACAUACUCGCUUGACGAUGAUAGCCUUGGUGAUAUUUAAAUGACUGAGUUAAUUUUUUAUCCACUUUAAUAACUGGCAUUUUUUUCGUUCCAUCUACUUCUUCGUUUUCUAUUUCUGUUCUGAGGCUGCGGACACAGGCAUCUCUGCUGGCAAAUUACUCCAGAGCGUAUUGCAGAGCAGUCCUGUAAGACAGUUCUAUCAGCGGCAUCUGGGUGGCUACCCCUUCUCCGAAAUGGCAGGUGUGAAUAGCUGUAUAAAAUAUUCUAUGUUUAUCUUUAACUUCUUGUUCUGGAUAUGCGGUACUGUGAUCCUGGGAAUAGCAAUAUGGUUGCGAGUAAGCAAACAUGGAAAAGAGAUUAUUACUUCUGGACCCUCCGGCUCAGACCCCUUGCUGGCAGUGAACCUACUGAUCGCAGUGGGUGCCAUCAUCAUGGUCCUGGGUUUCCUGGGAUGCUGUGGGGCUGUGAAAGAGAGCCGCUGCAUGCUUCUCUUGUUUUUUAUUGGCUUGCUUCUGAUCCUGCUUUUGCAACUGGCAGCAGGAAUUCUUGGAGCUACUGUCAAACCUGGGAUAAACCGUGUUUUGAAUGAAACACUCUAUGAAAAUGCAAAUCUUUUGAGUGAAACAAGUAAUACAGCAAAAGAAUUCCAGGAAGCCAUGAUUUCAUUUCAGAAAGAGUUUGAAUGCUGUGGUUUGAUCAAUGGACCUUCUGACUGGGGGAAUAAUUUUCAACAAGCUUCUGAGUCCUGUGAAUGUACUCCAAACACAUCAAAAUCAUCUUGUAUAAGUUAUCAGGGAAAAAAUGUUUACAAACAGACAUGUGUUUCUUUUAUACAAGAACUUGUUCAGAAAAAUAUCAUCAUAGUUAUUGGAAUAGCAUUUGGACUGGCCAUUAUUGAGGUACUUGGUUUGGUGUUUUCCAUGGUGCUCUACUGCCAGAUUGGAAGCAAAUAAACCCGUGGACCUGACACCUUAUCAGUGGACCCCCUUAAAUUUUGUUUUGGCUUUGUAAAUUUAAAUACAUGAGUAUGUAUAUAUCAGGAACAAUUGUCCUAUUAAAAUAUUACACCUAGCUGGAUUGCAGAUAUUGUCUACAUAUUAAACAUAUUUAAGAUAUGAGGGGCAUAAGGAAAAUGAAUGUGUAAUUUUGCUCAAAAUAAAGAUGACAUUGUUUACAUUGGUGCUUUCAUGUCUGACCAUUGUGUUCAGGUGUUUCUGUGCUUGAAAUGUUCAUUUGGAGCCACCCAGUGGAAUGAACUUCAUUUUCAAGUGACAGGACUAUAGAUAGCUAAGGCAGUGAAUCUGGAAUUUUUUCAAAACCAAGACACUCUUCUUGAGAGGUGAGGUGUGGCAACCAUUGCUGAUGAGGUUGAGUUAAAUUUGAAGCUGAAAUAAUUGAGAAUGGUCCCGAUGCAAGAGUCACAUCUCCUUUCUCUCAUAGUGCCAGUGACUGAUAAUAGUGCCUCUCUUUUUCUGCAUAGGUACUGAGGGAAAAAAGUAAAGAGUAGCCACUAUCAGUCACAGAAUAUCUGGUUCUUCUCUGGCCUUUCCUCUGGGGAUACAAUAGUUAUAACAGUAUUUUCUUUCUAGUUCUUGAAAAACUAUUCUGGAUUUUACUUUCUACCAAAAUCUAACAUACAUGAGCCAAGUGAAUAAAUAUUAAGCAUGUAGCUCUGUGGACAGGCAUUUACUCAUGUAUACACUAUCCUGAUGAAAAUAUUCUCAGCAAGCUGAAUGCUCCUCAUGCCACCUCCCGGGGCAUGCUGGAAUUGGCUCAAGCCCACUCAUCAGAGGAG